GGGCCGGGGCGGCGGGGCCGCGGCUGUGCGGAGGGCGGGCGGCCGGGCCGCGCCGGGGAUGAUGCAGCAGCCGCGGCCGCGGGGGCUCCGGGCCGGAUCCUGCCGUGCCCCGGCCUUGGGGCCGCCCUGCAUCCCCAGGGGCUGGUGCCGACCCCGGGAGCGGGGCCGUGCAGCUUUAGGCUGCUUCUGUUCAGCCUCGCUCGCGUCCGGCAGCUGUAGCGUCUGCCAGGAGGAGACUUGUAUUUUGGGGGUCUGCUGCGCUCGAGGAGCGACAUAGCGGGCAAGGGGGGAUUUCUCGCAGGUGGUUUUUGCCUGAAAGCUAAAUCUCUAGGAAACCGUCCUCACAUGAGUGUUGGUGAAAAUGGGGGAUACAAGGGACAUCUGUCCCCACCUGGAUUCCAUAGGAGAGGUGACCAGGGAUGAUCUGCUGCUCAAAUCCAAGGGAACUUGCCAGUCUUGUGGAGCUGUGGGACCAAACCUCUGGGCUUGUCUUCAGAUUGGUUGUCCUUAUGUUGGUUGUGGGGAGUCCUUUGCUGACCACAGCACACUUCAUGCACAGGCCAAGAAGCACAACCUGACGGUGAACCUGACCACGUUCCGUGUGUGGUGCUAUGCCUGUGAGAAGGAGGUGUUCCUGGAGCAGCGCCUGGCAGCUCAGCCACCCUCAGCCCCCAGCAAGUUCCCUGAGCCGGAUUCUCCUUUGCCUGCUCACCCUCUGAAAGCUGUUCCGAUUGCAGUGGCUGAUGAAGGCGAAUCUGAAUCAGAGGAUGAUGAUUUGAAACCAAGAGGCCUUACUGGAAUGAAAAACCUUGGGAACUCCUGCUACAUGAAUGCAGCGCUUCAGGCUCUCUCAAACUGCCCACCUCUCACACAGUUUUUCCUGGAGUGUGGUGGACUGGUCCGUACGGAUAAGAAACCUGCCCUGUGCAAAAGUUACCAGAAGUUGGUGUCUGAGGUUUGGCACAAGAAACGCCCGAGUUAUGUUGUUCCAAGCAGUCUGUCCCAUGGAAUCAAGCUUGUCAAUCCCAUGUUCCGAGGCUAUGCACAGCAGGACACGCAGGAGUUCCUGCGAUGCCUGAUGGAUCAGCUCCACGAGGAACUGAAGGAACCCGUUGUUGCAGAGACGAGGGACUUGGACACCAGUGACCAGGAGGACAAGCGGGAGGGCGACCGAAGCCCUUCAGAGGACGAGUUCCUCUCCUGUGACUCCAGCAGUGACAGGGGGGAAGGAGAGGGCCAGAGCCGGACCUCAGGGAGCAUGGGCAGCAGCUCCCUGGCAGAGACAGAGCUGCUGAUCCAGGAUGAAGCAGGGAGAGGGAUCUCAGAGAAAGAGAGGAUGAAGGACAGAAAGUUCUCCUGCGGCCAUCGGCGCAGCAACUCGGAGCAGGUGGAUGAGGAUGCAGAUGUUGAUACUACGAUGAUGCCAGUGGAUGGCAGAGCCUCACCUGAGAUGCUGCCAGCUCCCUGUCCUGCCAGCCCAUGUAGGACACCAGAACCUGACAAUGAUGCCUAUGUGCGCUGCUCCUCGCGCCCCUGCAGUCCAGUCCAUCAUGAAAUGCACUCCAAGCUCUCCAGCAGUCCUCCCCGCUCCAGUCCUGCCAGGCUUGGACCUUCCUACGUACUCAAGAAAGCCCAGAUGCAGGCCUCUGGGAAAAAGAAGAAAGAGCUCCGGUACCGCAGUGUGAUUUCCGACAUCUUUGACGGCUCCAUCCUCAGCCUGGUGCAGUGCCUCACCUGCGACAGAGUUUCUACAACAGUGGAGACGUUCCAGGACCUGUCACUCCCAAUCCCAGGGAAAGAAGACUUGGCCAAGCUGCACUCUGCCAUCUACCAAAACGUACCAGCCAAGACAGGGGCAUGUGGGGACAACUAUGCCUCACAAGGCUGGAUUGCUUUCAUCAUGGAGUAUAUCAGGAGAUUUGUGGUGUCCUGUAUCCCUAGCUGGUUUUGGGGUCCUGUGGUGACACUGGAGGAUUGCCUUGCUGCCUUUUUUGCAGCAGAUGAGUUGAAGGGGGACAACAUGUACAGCUGUGAACGGUGUAAGAAGCUGCGGAAUGGAGUAAAGUACUGCAAAGUCCUCCGGCUCCCAGAGAUCCUUUGCAUCCACUUGAAACGGUUCCGGCACGAGGUGAUGUAUUCCUUCAAGAUCAACAGCCACGUCUCCUUCCCCUUGGAGGGGCUGGACCUGAGACCCUUCCUGGCCAAGGAGUGCGUGUCCCAGAUCACCACCUACGACCUCCUGUCCGUCAUCUGUCACCACGGCACGGCUGGCAGUGGCCACUACAUUGCCUACUGCCAGAACGUGAUCAAUGGCCAGUGGUACGAGUUCGAUGACCAGUACGUCACCGAGGUCCACGAGACCGUGGUGCAGAAUGCAGAAGCCUAUGUGCUGUUCUACAGGAAAAGCAGUGAGGAGGCUGUGCGGGAGCGCCAGAAGGUCGUGUCCCUGGCCAGCAUGAAGGAGCACAGUUUGCUCCAGUUCUACAUCUCUCGAGAGUGGCUCAAUAAAUUCAACACCUUUGCUGAGCCCGGGCCCAUCACCAACCACACCUUUCUGUGCUCCCAUGGAGGGAUCCCUCCUAAUAAAUACCAUUACAUUGAUGACCUGGUUGUGAUUCUGCCCCAAAACGUGUGGGAAUAUCUCUACAACAGGUUUGGGGGAGGCCCUGCUGUGAACCAUCUGUACGUGUGCUCCAUUUGCCAAGUGGAGAUCGAAGCCCUGGCCAAGCGCAGGAGGAUCGAAAUCGACACCUUCAUCAAGCUAAACAAGGCUUUCCAGGCAGAGGAGUCUCCGAGUGUCAUCUACUGUAUCAGCAUGCAGUGGUUCCGGGAGUGGGAGGCCUUUGUCAAAGGCAAGGAUAAUGAGCCCCCUGGACCAAUUGACAACACCAAGAUUGCCCUCACAAAACCAGGUGGCCACGUGCAAGUCAAGCAGGGUGCUGACUACGGGCAGAUCUCCGAGGAGACCUGGGUUUAUUUAAGCACCCUGUACGGAGGGGGCCCCGAGAUCGCCAUCAGACAGAACGUGGCCCAGGUGCAGGAACUGGAGAACCUCCACGGGGAGCAGAAGAUUGAAGCAGAGACACGAGCGGUGUGAUCUGUGCAGCUGGGGCAGGGCAGGGACCGCACAGGUACCUCUGCGGGGGACGGGAGGCUGGGAAUCCUCAGGGGUCCAAAUCCUCCCUUGGCUGGGACUCGAGGUGUGUGCAGCUCCUCCCGGGGCAGGCAGGCUUCCUCCUCCUCCUCCUCCUCCUCCUUCUCCUUUCAUGUGGCUCGGAGCACGGGGUGGUGCUGGGAGAGACUGGCACAAAGCUCUGCACCUCACCUCUGGCUGAAGCUGUGGGCAGAGGCUGCAGCCACAGUCACAGUCACAGGCUUGUCCUGACCUGAGCCCUCUCCCUUUCCUUUGCUUACACCAAACCAGCACUCCCAGCUUGUCCCCAGUGCACUGAGCUCUGCUCCUUUGCAGGUUUUGCUUUUGGCACUUUUUAAUUCAAACAUGUAGAGAUAAUGAGACAUUAUUUAUGUUUGCAGCAGGCAGUGUUGCAACCAGAGAAACCUGGUUUUGAGCUUGAGUAAAGCCACGAGCUCUCCUGUGGUUUUGUGCUGGUGGUGCUGUCACAACUUCCUCGUUUUGCUCUUUAUCAAAUUCUUGCAAUUUCAGUUGCAGUCAACUAAAAAACUUAGAAAGAAGCUAUUCCCUUCUCCUUUCACUCCCAAACCCACAUCUUCACGAUCCUGCAGAAUUUUAUUUUCUCCUUGUGUGUGAUCUCUUAUAUUCAGCACAUUUUUGGACAGCAAAGCUGGAAGGCUCCUCCUUCCCAAAGCCUUCCUCAGCCUGUCCCUGCCGUGAGCCUGUGUCUGUCUCCCCUCAGCUGGG